GACGCGCUUGCCGGCUGUGAAAAUUAACAAAUUGUUCAAUAAGUUUAUAUUUUUAUGCAUAAAAAAUGGCCAACGAUUCCGCAAGCAACGCUGCCGAGACCACAAAAGAGCAAAUCGACCUGGGAGUAUAUCGUAAACUGGUCAAACAAUUUGUAGACAUGCGACGCUAUACGACGGCGCUCUUUUGGGCAGAGAAGGUGGCUGUUUUGGGUGGAUAUGAGGCGCGUGAUAUCUAUUAUUUGGCACAAUGCAUGUUUCUCCUUGGCGAAUUUCAUCGGGCAGCGCAUACUAUACAACAUUAUAAGUUGGCGAAGACAUCGCUACCCUGCUUUAAUCUGCUGCUUGAGAGUCUAUAUGCAGCUAAAGAAUACAAUGAGGCAGCAAGUAUAAUACAAGCUGUGGACGUAGAGACGAUGACCACAUCAUUAAUCAACCAGCCAGUAGAUGCGGCUAGCGGCUGCUUUCAGGAAACCAACAGUUGUUUUGGCGGCGAGGAGAACAAUCGCAAUGAACUGCUGGCCUCCAUUUAUCUUAUUAAAGGCAAAGUAUUUGAGGCUUUGGACAAUCGCGGCAUGGCCAUGGAUCUCUAUGUGCAGGCGCUGCAUAAAUCUGUAUAUUGCUUUGAAGCGUUAGAAGCACUUGUACAGCAUGAAAUGUUAAUGGCAUGGGAGGAAUUUGAGCUAAUGCAUCAUUUGCCGCUGGCAGCGCAAUCUAGCGAGACAGACGCCAAGUUUAUACUGAAGCUCUAUGAAUCUCGAUUGAAAAAGUAUUAUGAGCUUAUAUCAGCGCGCGAUACUGAGGAAAUCUCACCCAUUGUUAACCCAGAUGUGCUCAAGUGUAUUAAAGAGUUCACAUCACGCGUGCAGCAAACAACUUGCUCUACAGAGCCAAAGCCUGACAAACCCGAUAAGCCCGAUAAGCCUGAAAAGCCUAGCAGCGCAAAGAAGCCUUUGACACCAAGUCAGUAUAUGUCACCGGCGCAAAAAGUGUUGGAGGAUCUGAAAGCGCCUACGUUUUCUUUGCAAACAAGUCUAUCGCGUGCCUCCUCCAUGGUGGACUCCACGCAACGUUCGCUUUGUGAAGCCUCACAGCGUCGUAGCUCUGGUGAUAAUGAAGUGGACACCUUAAUACCCCUCAGCGAAUGCCUAAUGCGAGUGCAACGCAGCACAGAUCUUAUGGCAUCUGAGGCUGAAAAGUGUUUCUAUGACUGCGACUACAAGCAAUGCCUAAAGAUCUUAAAUGAAUUACUGAAGGUAGAUCCGUUUCAUAAUAGUGCGUUGACCAUACAAAUAUCCUGUUUGGUGGAAAAUGGUGAUUUCAAUAGACUGUUCUAUGUGGCGCAUAAGCUGGUCGAUCGCUAUCCGGAUAAGGCCAUCUCUUGGUAUGCUGUUGGAUGUUAUUAUGAUAUGAUUGGCAAAAGUGAUCCUGCGCGUCGCUAUUUAUCGAAAGCCAUAUCAUUGGAUCGUCUAUAUGGACCCGCCUGGCUGGCCUAUGGCCACUCCUUUGCCAAUGAGAAUGAGCACGAGCAGGCUAUGGCAGCUUACUUUAAAGCCACACAGCUUAUGCGCGGCUGUCAUUUACCUUUGCUCUACAUUGGCGUCGAGUGCGGUCUUACCAAAAAUCUCGAAUUGGCAGAAAAGUUCUUUUUGCAAGCCAUGACCAUAGCACCCAUGGAUGUUUACGUGCUGCACGAGCUGGGCGUUAUUAAAUACGAGUACGAAUAUUAUGAUGGAGCAGCAACAAUCUUUCAAUGCACUGUGGAUAUUAUAAGACAACGCGCCAAGGCCAACAAUGAGGAAAUUUCAGCACGCUGGGAGCCUUUGUUUAUUAAUUUAGGACAUGCCUGUCGCAAAAUACAAAAAUACGAAGAUGCGCUGUACAAUUUUCAAUAUGCUUUGCUGCUAAAACCACAAACGGCAACCACCUAUACAUCCAUUGGCUUUAUACGUGCGUUGCUUGGAGAUCUGGAUCAAGCCAUUGAAUACUUUCACAAAAGCUUAGCGCUCAAUCGUGACUGCAUUGUUACUUCAACAAUUUUAAAGAAUUGCAUCGAGGACUUGAUGGAUGACAGCAGCACCAUUGAUGAAAUUUGCAGCAAAGCUAUGAGAGAUGUAACUGAAUCUAUAUCAGCAACCAGUCAACGUGUGCUUAAUGCUGAUAAACUAAAUGGCAUUAAAAUGAACUUAAAAUUCGAAGAAGAGGAGGAGUUCGGUUCAAACUCAAAUUCAGACUCCAAUAUGGUUGUAGAAAUGAGUUUUGAUACAUAGGAGCAGUGGUUAGAGUAUAAGAGUCGAAGCGAUGUAUGACAUAUGUAUAUAUAGUGCAGCUGCUGCUGUUGGCUGCACUUGAACUUAAUUUACGCACACGGCACACACAGCUGUUCCAGCUAAUGAGCCCAAAAGGCAAAAACUAUCAUGAAUGCUGCAACAUGGGAUUUUCCCCAGAAACUAUUUAAAGUUUGCCGCUAUUCUAGGUAUUUAAGUACGCGCAUUGUUCUCAUUUAAUAACAUUGUAUUCUCGAUCGAGUUGCGAACUAUAUAUAAGUAGUAAUAAGUCUCAAAAUUGUGCAUGAAAUCAAAUGAAAAUUAAUUCUAAUUAGUGAUAUUUCCACUCCAAAAAACACAAACGUAAUAUACAUAAAGCUAUUGCUGCAAUUAAAUCUUAAAAUUAAAAAGGUCAAUGCGAUUAUGCUUAUCGGUUAUUGUUAUGUGCAAAAAACUACAAAGUGGCGUUAAAAUUAACAAGCAAACUACUGAUACACUUUAUGGAAAUAGAAGCCGCCAAGCAAGAAGCAACAACAACAACAACAGCAGCAGAUCGCUUACCAAAUAUUUGCCGACCAAGCCAAGACGAUGACGAUAAUAAGAACAACAACAACAAUUAAAAUGUUGAUGGCGACAGCACGC